AUGGCGGACGCGGUGGAUGCUCGCCGGGUCUGCGGGAUGCCGGAGAAGGCGCAGCUCCACGUGGCGAUGCUGGCGCUGCAGUUCGGCUACGCCGGCUUCCACGUCGUGUCCCGCCUCGCGCUCAACAUGGGGAUCAGCAAGCUCGUCUUCCCCGUCUACCGCAACAUCAUCGCGCUCUUCCUCCUCGUCCCCUUCGCCUACUUCCUCGAGAAGAAGGACCGCCCCAGGCUCACCCUCGGCCUCGCCGUCCACUUCUUCUUCCUCGCCCUCUGCGGCAUCACAGCCAACCAGGGCUUCUACCUCCUCGGCCUCGACAACACCUCCCCCACCUUCGCCUCCGCCAUCCAGAACUCCGUUCCGGCCAUCACCUUCGGCAUGGCCGCCGCGCUCCGCAUCGAGAAGGUGCGCCUCGACCGCCGCGACGGCGUCGCCAAGGUGCUGGGCACGCUCGCGUGCGUCGCAGGCGCGUCCGUCAUCACGCUCUACCAAGGCCCCACCAUCUUCGCCCCUACCGGCGACGACAAGCCGUCGUUGCACGAGGUGCCGUUUCUGGCGGCCGUGGCCGGAGAGGGCAAGAACUGGACGCUGGGGUGCGUCUACCUCAUCGGCCACUGCCUCUCGUGGUCCGGCUGGCUGGUGCUACAGGCACCCGUGCUCAAGAAGUACCCCGCGAGGCUGUCGGUCACCUCCUACACCUGCUUCUUCGGCGUCAUCCAGUUCCUCAUCAUCGCCGCCUUCUUCGAGAGGGACGCCGGCGCCUGGGUCUUCCACUCCGGCUCCGAAGUCUUCACCAUCCUCUACGCCGUAAGCAUUUCUAUUAGCACCCUAUAUAAUUUCGCAGUACAGAUCUGGUGCAUCGACCGCGGGGGCCCGGUGUUCGUGGCCGUGUACCAGCCCGUGCAAACGCUCGUCGUCGCCAUCAUGGCCUCCCUCACCCUCGGCGAGAAGUUCUACCUCGGCGGGAUCAUCGGCGCCGCGCUCAUCAUCACCGGCCUCUACCUCGUGCUCUGGGGCAAGAGCGAGGAGAGGUCGCGCAUCGGCAAGGAGGCCGCGGUCAUGGCCGCCGCGUCCGCAGGUUCCUCCGGCGGCGCCGAGCGCGAGGUCCGGAGCGCCAAGCUCGCCUCCUCCAUCACCCAGCCUCUCCUGCCGCCUUCCUCCACCACCUCCGACAAUGUCUGA